AUGUAAAAUCUGUAGGUAACCCGAGCAGCCAGCUAGAAUUUGAAACUUUAAGUGGCGUGUUAGUGGUAAGGAAGGAAGGAAGCAAUAUUGUUAUGGAUUUUCCCAGCAACCCUCCGGUGUCACUAACUCCAGAGCAGGAGAAGCAGCUGGCACCCCUGGUGCAGGUGGCUAGUGGAGGCCUCAGACUCCAUACUGUCCUCAUCUCUCACACACUCAAGUACCUCCUUGUGUGCCUUCAUCACUCUUAUUCCAGGAGGGAAUUGGAAGCCAUUGAACCAAAUUUCAAUGAUAUGAAGACAGCUCACGACGGGUCUCUGGCACAUUGUGUGAUGGUGUGUGUCGCAGGGGAUGCCAACCACCAGCAUCAUGCCUACUCCAGAUUCUUUGCCCCAUUGUAUGGAAUCAACGAGGACCCCGUCACAGGUUCCGCCCACACUGUGCUGGCACCAUACUGGGCUGGUCAACUGGGAAGGAAGGAGCUCAACUUUUGGCAAUGUUCUGAACGUGGCGGUGAAGUGAAGGUGAAAAUAUUGGAUAAUGAACGAGUACAUGUACAAGGUAUACAGGCCUAGUUGACGUCAAUGACAUACUACUACAUAGAAAGCCGCUUGUUAUGCAGAGCAUUUCGGGCAAAUUAGGUCAAUUUUGUCCCAGGAUGCAACCCACACCAAUGUACUAUUACCCAAGUACCAAUUAUGCUGAUGAGUGAACAUGGUCAACAGGUGUAAGGAAACACGCCCAAUAUUUCCAUCCCUGUCGGGAAUCAAACCCGGACUCUGCGUGUGAAGCGAGAGCUUUCCCUACGAGGCCACGGGCCACCCUAAUGUUUGAUAUGUUUCUAAACGUCUAAUGUAUGCCUACUAGGGUUAUAACAUUUUUACAACGUAAUAUUCCUGUACCUUAAUCAGAUGAACUUUUGUCUUAAA